AUGGAUCUUCCACCGUCGAUAUCCCCAAAGCGCAAGCAGAUGCCCAUGGGCAACAUCUUUGGCGCAAGGACGCCUGCCCCUCCAUCUUCCGCGAUACCCUCCUCCUCGCCCGCAUUCGGUACCCCGGUCCAUCCUUUGAAAUCUUUCAAGGUUUCGGCGCCCACGAAACAUGCGAUUCUUCCCAUAAUUCUGCCCCCGGCCACACUACGACCACUGGCAUUUCGUACUUUCACAAAGAAACACAGCUUGACGCUUACCUCUACCGCACUGCAAGAACUAGCUACCUUUAUCGGCCGGCACUGUGGCUCUGCAUGGCGAGAGGAAGGGCUUGCAGAGAAGGUUCUGGAGGAGGUGGCCAAGUCAUGGAAGAGCCGCAACGGUGGAGUUAUCGUCGAUGGCGCCAGCCCGGAGUUAAAGGACAUUCUGAAAACUUUGGAAGGGAACAUGAGUGGGGGCAAGAUUGUGGCCGGCGCCAGAGGUUUGAGUAGACAGAAUAGUCUUCUGAUUGAACCAGGCCAGGAUGCGGACAUGUCGAACACGAGAUUGGGUUUGCGGCCGGCACUGGCAUCAUUGGCUCGGGAGGAUAGCCAACAGAGCUUCGGCAUGUCCAGCCUUGGCGUCGAGGAAGAGGAAGACGACGAGAAUAUUAGAGAUCCGCGGAAGUGGCUCAACGUCGUCGAUGCCUAUGAUCAACCAAGGUUCUCUUACAAUGUUGCCAAGAAGCAUUUCGAGAGAGAAACCUCGAAGCCAUCCCUGCUACCGCCAGCAUCACACAAGACUGCGCUGUUCAGGAACAGGUAUAACGUUAUACAUCAAAGACUGCUCAGGAAUGAGUCUUUCCAGACAUCGGCUGUCGCCAGCACGAGGGCUCCAUCGGGCAAACGCUCAUCAUCAAACCAACUAAACCACAAGAUUACCCCAAUUGCCAACCUCUUAGGUCGGCACGGCAGCCAUCACAUGCUUCUCGGCAUGUUGAAUGUCUUGCCUGCUGGUGGCCUCGCAAUUAGCGACCUGACUGCUACUAUUGCCCUAGAUCUAUCGCAAGCUGUCGCAAUUCCCGAAGAUUCGGCCUGGUUCGCUCCCGGAAUGAUUGUGCUCGUGGAUGGUGUUUACGAGGAGGAAGAGGAAUCCGUUGGCAAGGGACUGAGUGGUAGCAGCGGUGUUGGAGGAACACUAGGCGGGAGGUUCCAAGGUUUCUUCAUCGGCCAGCCCCCUUGCGAGAAGAGGAGAGCAACACUAGGGGUCAGCGGUCCCGAUGGCGGCCAGGAUCACACCAUAGGAGGUGGGUUCGGCUGGAUUGAUUUCCUCGGCAUCGGAAGCGAACGAGCCGUUGGAUCCAAGAUGCGAAAGCUCGAGCAACGCCUAUUGCCCCGCCACUCUGCGGAGGAGGUGCCCAGCAGAGGUCGGAUGGUGAUCCUCGGCGAGCUGAACCUCGACCAACCACGAACGUUGCAAGCCCUGCGUAAGGUACUUGCGAUAUAUGCGGCUGAACCAGAAGGCUCAAGCCCCAUGACUUUCGUCGUCACGGGCAACUUUACCCAGCAUGCCGUCCUUGCCAGAGGCGGUAGCGGCGGCAGCAUAGAAUACAAGGAAUAUUUCGACGCCUUGGCCUCGGCCCUAUCCGACUACCCCACCCUCCUCCAAACGUCCACCUUUGUUUUCGUUCCGGGCGACAAUGAUGGCUGGGUGUCUUCCUUCACCGCCGGCGCCGCGACUCCGCUACCCCGGAAAGCAGCACCGGACGUCUUCACAUCACGCAUUCGACGCGUUUUCGCGGCCGCGAAUGCAGAGCUCGGGGCCAAGAGCGACGGCGAGGCCAUCUGGACUUCAAACCCGAGUCGUCUGACGCUGUUCGGCCCGAAUCAUGAAGUUGUUGUCUUCCGAGACGAUAUCUCAGCCCGCCUCCGCCGCACAGCAGUCCGCCUCAAGUCAUCAAAACAGACGGCAGGCGAGGAUGAGGAGAACCAGCCUCCCGAGGCUGAGGGCGGAGCUGACGAUGUCGACAUGGCUGAGACCGACCGAGCCGUAGCAGAGGCUAUGGAUGUCGAUAUUUCCAGCGAGAAGCCCGCCGUCGAACAGGUCAAUUCGAGCCUACCGCAGGACGUCCACACGGCGCGGAAGCUCGUCAAAACGAUCUUGGACCAGGGGUAUCUGUCGCCUUUCCGUCAAGCAACCCGUCCGGUGCACUGGGAUUUUGCGACGGCACUGCAUCUUUAUCCGCUGCCGACGUCCAUGGUCCUCGUGGACACGACGGCGCCGCCGUUUUGUGUGACGUACGAGGGGUGCCACGUCAUGAACCCGGGCAGCAUUCUUGUGCCUGGACGAACGCGGGUCGGCCGCUGGAUAGAGUAUGAGAUUGGCAAGAUUGGGAAGUUACGGGAGACGACAUUUUGA